AUGCGUAGGGUCAGAAGCCAGGACAGACUCAACGGCUUUGACCCCGAACCUGAGAAAACAUUUCACAGGAGGUUGAGGGAAGCAAGGGAUACAAACAAUAUUCAAGCACUCAUUCAAUUUCCUGUGAACAUGGCAGAGGAGCAACAUAUGGCUGUUCAGGAUGUAGCAAUGCCCAGGAUUGCUGAUGUUACCUCCAGCAUAGUGAAGCCCAGAAUCACCGGGCACUUUGAGCUUAAACAGAGCAUGAUCCAGCUACUUCAUGCAAACGGGCAGUUUAUGGGUCUUCCACACGAGGAUCCACAACAGCAUAUUCUGAAGUUCUUAGAGAUUAGUGAUACUUAUAUCACUAACGGGAUCACUCCAGAUUAUGUAGAACCAGCUAAUUCCAUUACAUCAUGGAAUUAUUUGGCAAGAAAAUUUCUAGCAAGGUUUUUCCCUUCAGGCAAAACUGUAAAAAUUAGAAGUGAGAUAGUCGCCUUCAAACAGAAAGUAGGAGAAUCUUUAUAUUCGGCUUGGGAAAGGUUCAAGGGGCUACUCAGAGACUGUCCUCAUCACAAUCAGACGAAUGGAGUGUUAGUUCACGCUUUCAUAGAAGGGCUCCAUCCCCAAACAAAAAUUGUAGUAGAUGCUACAGCUGGAGGUCAAGUAUUGGAGAAAAGUUUUGAUGAAAUUUAUGCAUUAUUGAACAAAUUCUCCAAAAGCAAUCCGGAUUGGCAAGGAGAGAUGGGUAGGAACAUGGUACAAAAAUCACCAGGGGUUCUUGAAUUAGAUGUUGUUUCAGCAUUAUCAGCACAAGUCUUCACGCUGACCAACCAAGUCAAUCAAAUGACCAUGAUCAUUAACAAGCAACAAGCCCAGCCAGUGCAACAAGUUCAAAUAUUUUGUGAGGUAUGUAGAGAGGGUCACAUGAGCAAUCUAUGCCCAGCAAAUCCAGAGUCUGUAUAUUUUGUGGGUAAUGCAAAUCGAGGCCAAACAAAUCAGUAUGGGGACACUUACAACCCCAAUUGGAGGAUUCACCCAAACUUCUCCUGGGGUGGAAAUCAAGGCAAUCAGAAUCAAUACCGGCCUCAAGCACCUCAACAACAAUCCAGACCACCUCAGGCUGAACAACAAGCUAGCCUUGAGGAGAUGAUGAAGAAAUUGAUGGCCGACCAGCAAGCCCUCAAUCAGAAAUUAAUAGCAGAUCAACAAACUUUCAAUCAAAAAUUAAUAGCAGAUCAACAAACUUUCAAUCAGAAAAUAAUGGCUGAUCAACCAAUAGGGGCUCUUCCUAGUGAUACGGAGCCCAAUCCUAAAGAUCAAGUCAAUGCGGUUACCUUGCGAAAUGGAAGAGCAUUAGAAGAGGUUCCAAAGAAAAAGAAGAAUACAACUCAUCUUGAAGGAGAAUUAGUUCCCAAGCCAGUUGAGGGGAAUGAGAAAGAUGAUAAAGGAUCCGAUCCAGAAGUGCCUAAGUAUGCAAGGACUUUCACAAUUCCUUUGUCUCUUGGAAAACAAGAAGUUGGUAGAGCCCUGUGUGAUUUAGGGGCUAGUAUAAAUUUGAUGCCAUCCUCUUUGUUCAAGCAACUCGGAUUGGGGGUGCUUAGACCUACUACAAUCACUUUACAGUUAGCAGAUAGGUCACUAGUCAUGCUAGAAGGAAUUAUUGAGGAUGUGUUAGUUCGAGUGGGAAAGUUUAUUCUUCCUGCUGAUUUUAUUGUUCUUGAUUACGAGGCAGAUGAGGAAGUGCCCAUUAUUUUGGGGCGACCAUUCUUAGCUACUGGUGGGGCAAUUAUUGAUGUGAGGGCAGGGAAGUUAAAAAUGAGAGUUGACGAUGAGGAGAGUCAGCAUGUGAAUUAUAGUGAUCCAGAUGGGACAACUGAGUUAGAGGAGGUGGUGUUUCCAGCUGAAUGUGUAAAGAUGAUUGAGAAAAGAGCCAGAGAUGAAAGAGGAGACCUUUCGAGAGCGUGCAAAAAGGCUAGACUUCAUGGGAGAAAGAAGAAGAGAAAGCGUCCAGCCUGA